AUGGUCCGGGGAAAGGCGGUCAUCGAGAGGAUCGAAAACACGACGAGCCGGCAGGUGACCUUCUCCAAGAGGAAGAGCGGGCUGUUCAAGAAAGCCAGGGAGCUGGGCGUCCUCUGCGAUGCGCAGGUAGCCGUCCUCCUCUUCUCCAACACCGGACGCCUCUACGACUACUCCAACUCCAACUCCGGGAUGAAAUCCAUAAUUGAAAGAUACCAACAUGUUAAGGAGGGCCAACAAUUCAUGAGUGCAAGCGCUGAGGCUAAGUUCUGGCAAGCGGAGGGAGUGCGUCUGAGGCAACAACUACAUAACUUGCUAGAGAAUCAUAGACAGUUGCUGGGACAACAUCUAUCCGGCUUAGGUUUGGAAGACUUGAGGGGUUUAGAGAACCAGCUGGAAACAAGCAUACAUAACAUUCGGCUAACAAAGGACCAACUUAUGAUUGAUGAAACUGAAGAGCUAAAGAAGAAGGCAAGCCUCGUGCACCAGGAAAAUAUUGAGCUACACAAGAAACUAAACAUCAUUCGUCAAGAGAACAUAGAUUUGCAAAACAAGUUAAAUGGCCAGGCCGAAGUAAACGGGACAAUUACAAGUUCAUCUAGUGAGUACUACAUUGCUGCUCGAGAGGAUCCAGUUCGUCUGGAACUCAGCUAUCCAGACCAUGCAGAAAGGGAUGAGCAACCAGAAUCACCAACGCUGGGGCUAAAAGUUUCUACUGCUAGGACUGCCAGAUGA